AUGAUGAUUGGGUUUCCAGCUUUGAUGUACUAUUUCUGGGUUUGCUUGGAAUACCAUCAAGGAAAAUUGAUUUAUCCAACGACAUUGACCUCUUUGUCAGAUAUCAAGAGUUGGCUUAUAGAAGAAAUCUGGAAAAAAAUGAAACUAGGUGCUUACCCCUCGAGAUGGGCAAUUCAAACAUACAUGGGCUACGUUAUUUUCUCAUUUAUACUCGCCGCUGUUAUGCCAGGGCCAGUAAUAGAAGGUCUACCCAUUCCUUCUCAAAACGGGCAAAAGUUAAAGUACCUUUGCAAUGGUCUUUCAGCCUGGUAUGUUACAUUGGCUACAUCAUUUGUAUGCCAUAUCACGGGUAUUUUCCGUCUUACCCAUAUAAUCGAUCACUUUGGUGAACUGAUGACUGUGGCUAUUAUUUGGGGUUUUGUAAUGUCUGGUCUUGUAUACUUUAUCAGUUAUGCAAUGGGUAAAACGCACGAACGAAAAUCAGGUAACUUCUUUUAUGAUUACUUUAUGGGGGUUUGCCUGAACCCGCGAAUCGGCGUGGUAGAUUUAAAAAUGUGGGCAGAAAUCCGUUUGCCUUGGCCUGUUCUGUUCUAUCUGUCACUUUCUUGUUUACUGAAACAAUAUGAAAGUUAUGGUACAAUUACUGCUCCAGCUUUCUUCAUGAUGCUUGCGCAUUUUUUAUACGCAAACGCUUGUCAAAAAGGUGAAGAAUGUAUACCAACAUCAUGGGAUAUAUUCUAUGAAUUAGAUGGUUUUAUGUUAAUAUUCUGGAAUAUGGCAGGCGUCCCGUUUACCUAUUGUUAUACGUCCAUCUAUUUAAUGAAAUAUCAACUCACCAGCGGAGAAGCGAUCACUCAUUCUACACCUUAUACUAUCGCCAUUUAUACCAUCUUAAUACUUGCUUACUACGUUUUUGAUACCGGCAACUCCCAAAAGAAUCGUUUUCGAAUGGAGCAACACGGAACAUAUAUUGAUCGUAAAGCCUUCCCUCAGCUUCCUUGGGGUCGUAUAAAAUAUCCAACUUACAUCAAGACUGAAAAUGGUAAUUUACUACUCACAUCGGGCUGGUGGGGUUACGUUCGCAAGCCUCAUUACACAGCCGAUCUCUUCCAAGCACUGUCGUGGGGUCUUAUUGCUGGUUUUGGAUCUUUUCUACCUUACUUUUACUUUUGUUUUUUCUUGUGCGUGCUUGUUCAUCGUGUGUCGCGAGAUAUGGCUCGUUGCGCUCAAAAGUAUGGGAAGGACUGGAAUCGCUAUUGUGAGCGAGUACCCUACAUAUUUAUCCCUUAUAUUUUUUGA